AUGCUGUCCGUCGGCGGAGUGCGCUUCAACCGCGCGCCGCCGCUUUCGGGUGCUCCAACUGGAGCCGCGGAGGUGCCGGCGAACCACCUGCGGUUUUCAGCCUGCCAUGGCUCAGCGAGGUGCUGGCCGGCUUCCCUGAUGUGGACAUGCCGCAGCAUGCUUGGAGCAGCACGGCGGCGAAUGCUGGCGCCUGCGCAGCACUGCCGUACGGCCUCGAAGGAUCGGCGAGUCUUCAAGCUCGAGCGAUUCCUCAGCAAGGCGUCGGCCAGGCAAGAAGGUGAGGACGUGGAGGUGGUGCCAGACACUGUACCCGGUGCCUCGGAGGCGAACUUCUCCCGCAUCUACGCCCGCGAGGAGUGGGGCGCAGACGCUUUGUCGGGAUUGGGGUCGCGUGAAGAAACAACCCGAGAGUUCCGGGUCUUCCUGGAAUCCUUCCUACGUGACAACUCGGUGCGCUCCGUCGUCGACGCAGGCUGCGGGCACUGGCCUUCAGGGUACCAGAGAUUCAUGAACUGGCAGGGCGUGCAUUACACGGGCAUCGACGUUGUGCCAUAUGUGGUGGCGGAGAAUGCCGCAUAUUUCCAGGCUGAGCAGAACCUCGCGACCCAUGGGCUCUCAAGUGCCCGGGCUCUCUGCGGCGAUGUCUCCGAGCAGCUCCCGCCGGCGGAGCUUUUGCUGGUGAAGGAUGUUUUGAUGCACUUACCCAACCGGGCAGUGCACAGCUUCCUCGAGAAGAGCGUCAACUCUGCAAAGUACCGGAUGGUGAUGCUCGUCCAGAACGAAGUGCCGCGAGUUGCCAUACGAGAUAUGGUGGACAUUGAGCCAGGGCAGCUCUUGUCCUUCGAUAUCACCAAACCACCCUUCAGUGCUCGCUUCGAGCCGGUGUUCCGCUGGAAGAGUGACGAGCCUAAGGUCGCGCAGCUUUGGAAGAAAUGA